AGUCAAUCGUGUAAUUGCUGUUUGUUUAGUCCAAUCGUAUGAGAUCAAUAAUUAUUAAUUAUUUUUGAAUAAUUUUUAUGAAAUCUUUAAACUUUUAUUGUUAAAAUAUCCCAAACGUUUUAAACGAGAUCAGAUAUUCUCAUUCUAAGAAUAAGCAAAUGGAAAUUACUGAGUCAUAAGAAGAAGUUUUAUUUGAAGAAAAUUUAUUGAAUAAUUUUAAUUCUUCCAGACGUCUCCUUCUUUAAAGACUAAAGUUUAGAUAACGUCUACUAAACUUCUAUAAAAAAACUUCAUUACUUAUUAGUAAAAAUUGAAUGUAGUUUUAAUAUUUUUAUUUCUAACCGACUAAUCUUUGCAAAUCCCCAUGAUUAAAGAUUAAAAACUCCCGCGAAAAAAAGUCGAUCUAUGAAAGGAGCAUUUUAAUGUGAAGAGAAGAACAAAAGAGUGUUAAAUUUUUAUUCUUCAAACGUGUAAUAAUAUUGUGAUUUUAAUUUCGACAUGUUUGGUUGCAUCAUUUGUACCGAAACUUUUUUAUCGUCUGAGUCUUCCGGAAAGCAUGCAGUCGCUUUAAAUUGUGGCCAUAUUUUUCAUUGUUCAUGCUUAAAAACUUGGUUGGAGAAAUCUAAAACCUGUCCAAUAUGUCGUUUCUCUGUCACUGUCCAAGAUCAGUUUCUUCGUUUGCAUCUACAAAGUGUAAGCCAAUCAAACAGUGCAUUUUUGAACGACACUGUUGGUUCUCAACCAGAUGAAUUAAAAGAAAAAGAAGAACUCAUAGAGUUACGUAAAACUGUAGCUAAUUAUAAGAAAAUAUUCGCCAAUGUUCUUAACUGUACUGGUGAAAUAAAAAAGAAUAUUUCUCUUGUCGAAAAUGAGGUUUCCAAGGAAGUCUCAGGCCCUAAAGAUGAAAUUAUCGAUCUGUCGGAGACUGCUGAUGUUGAGGCAAUGCCAGGUGUGGAGGCUCCUGUUUUUCGAGCGCCACAAAAUCCAAAUUCUCGAAUUGUAACUCAAGUGACAAUUCCCAGAAAUCUCCGUCUUCGUCCAUUUACAACAACAGCAUCAGCAUCAUCAUUAGUACCCAAUAGAGCGGCAAACACACGCCCAGGACCUCGUCUUAUCAAUCGUACUACAGCAUCCCGUGUGACUCCUACAAAUUCAUCUCGAGUUUCUCUUCCACAAUCAUCACGAGGUGUUAUUAAUACAUCCAGAGUACAUCAUGUCGAACGUGGUGCUGCUGCAGCCGCUCCAUCUAGAAAAGCUGCAACUAAUGCGCAUCCAGCUCGCAAAAAUUAAUCAAUUUCAUAAAUUAACUCGCGUCAUUCUUUUUUUUUAAACAAAAUACAAUUUACAUAUCUCUGAAGAAAGAAAUCAAAAGCAAGUUAGAUAUUGAAAAGAACUCAACCUUUAUUGGAAGUGUUGAUUACUGCUUUGUUUUCUUUUGUUUCCUAAAUAAAUAAAAUCACUAGAAUUUAUACUUUAAACAGUUUCGUCUAUCUUCUCACGUCUAUGAAAUUCAAUUUAUUUUGUGUCUUUAAGAAAGAUUUUAAAUCCAAAAAAAGCAAUCGCUUGUAACUAAAUAGCAAGUUUGAUAAAUAAAAUUAAUGAUUUUAUGUCAAAGUGAGAAACUG